AUAUGUGUAUUUGUCUUCAUAUUGAGUAGGUUAUUAAUAUUGUAAUAGUUUACAGAAUGUCUAGGCCUAUCAGACAGACAGACAGAGAUACAUUGUGGUUAUAACGAGGCAGAGAUCAGAGGCUCAGAGCGCCCUCUGCUGUCCAAAUAUUGACCGGACACAUGUGUUCUCUAUUUGCUCAUUUCGUCCAGCAGGGGACCGAGCAGAGGGAAUCUGGAGGAAAGAAAGAAGAAAUCCAGAGAUCUGAGUCAGCAGCAGCGGCUCCAGUCUGCUUCUUCCCACUUCCGUGGGUCCAUUUCAGCUCUGAUCGUCAUCAAACCAACACGCUAAUGCUUAGCAAUGAACACACAUGGGUCUCCAUCUUCCGAUAAGAAGCAUCCGUGGAAGGAAUGAAAACGAGCCCAGACACAGAAGAGAGAGAGAGAGAGAGAAGAGUCUGUCUCGACGAGACGCUUUGAUGAACAAGAGGAUUAAAACAGAUCGCCACACUCACCACACGCCCCUGUGCUGAACAUUUACCUCCAAGCUUCAUGUCCGUCCGAGUUUCAGCCAUGAGUGUUCUUCCUCCUGUUCGGAGGGACCGUAUCAUCGCUCAGCUCCCUCAGUAUUUUAGGAAAGAUGCAGCUCUCCACAUUAAGGAGGAUUUCAACAACAAAGUGAAGACUGCGUGUCAGGAGCAGCGUACCGGCACUGUGGGCAGAUUUAAAAUCUCUAAGGUCAUUGUUGUGGGCGAUCUGGCUGUGGGGAAAACCUGUCUGAUUAAUAGGUUUUGCAAAGACGCUUUUGAUAAAAACUACAAGGCAACAAUCGGCGUUGACUUUGAGAUGGAGCGCUUUGAGGUGCUGGGCGUUCCUUUCAGCCUACAGCUCUGGGACACUGCAGGCCAAGAGAGAUUCAAGUGCAUUGCUUCAACAUACUACAGAGGAGCCCAGGUUGUGAUUAUCGCAUUUGAUGUAAAUGACGUCGCGUCUUUGGGCCAUGUGAGACAGUGGCUGGAGGACGCCCUGAAAGAGAACGACCCCACCGCCGUUCAGCUGUUCCUCGUGGGCACAAAGAAAGACCUGAGCUCUCCUGCUCAGUAUUCUCAGAUCGAACAAGAUGCUCUCAAACUAGCACAAGAGAUCAGAGCAGAGUAUUGGGCUGUGUCGUCACUCACAGGGGAAAACGUCAAAGAGUUUUUCUUUCGAGUUGCAUCGUUGGCAUUCGAGACCAAUGUUCUUGCGGAGUUGGAGAAAAGUGGAUCGAGGCAAAUUGGGGGCAUCGUCAGAAUUAACAGCACGUCAAACAAUGCGUACGCUUCAUCGAAGAAGAAGCAGCCGAACUGCUGCCAGUAAGGAUGGAAUCAGGAGUUGAAAGUCAAAAGUAAAGACUGAAAUGCAGAAAAAGACUGGAGGGAUUUCUGUGGUCAAAGCAGGAGGAGGGAGGCUGGAGUUUUAACUUCCUGACAUAUGAGAGUUUAGUUUUUCCUGGCUUAGAACGAGUUUUCCUCUGUGGGAUGUGGAUUCUUGUGGUGUUGCUCAGUUUAACUUGUCUGGAGUUACAGAGUGACACAGCAAUUCCACAAAAAUGACUGUUCUGGUACUGCAGAGAUGCCAAAGAAUGACUGUGGAUGUUUUUUAAUAUGUUGCUCAAACAGUCUCGCUGCUGUAGUUUGCAAAUUAAGAUUUUUCUUCACACUAAUACUGUUUUAAAUUACUGUUUUUACUUGGUACUUAAUCCUCUUUUCAUAAUAUUGUAGAUCAGACAUUCCCAACCUUUCUGUAAGAAGUAAGACUAUGCAAAUCACAAGAAAAAAGCAAAGAUUUGAAGAUGGUCUGAAAAAAAUAAACAGAAUUUUGCGUAGCAGGAAUGUUUUUUCUGCUUUCCUAUCCUGUUUAUCAUUUUCCAACCCCUCAGAUUAAUCUUGUGAUGCUUGUCAUGCGUCAUAGGUACUGCUUUUUGCUUUUUGUUUACAAUCAAAUCAAUGACUGAAUUUGGAUUAUCAUGUUUAUAUCAAAAACUUAAAUAAUGCGUAUGGA